GCUUUAUAAAGACAUAAUCCAAUACUUGAACCUGUGAGCCGUACAGUGAAUCAAAACAUAUCUUCAUAUUAUACAAUGGAUUUCGUUCCGUCGUUUACAACUCCGGUCUAUGAGGACAAAAGGUCACUCAUGGGCUUGAUGCGCUCUAAUACUGGUCUCCCCACGCCGCCUCCGAAUGGCAAUCUCGAGAAGGCAGAUGAAUACUUCUUCGACGUGCCUAUUAUCGAGGUCACACCACCACCCCGAGAAAGUCGCAGUAUCGUUGCUGUUAUUGGAGUCGGUUACAUCGGCUACCAACUUGCUACUGCAUUCGGGAGAGUCCACGACGUUAUUGCCUUCGAUGUCGAUCAACGUCGUCUCAGUGAGAUUGAGCCCCUGAUGGCCAACCUGAAGGUCCACUGUACCACCAACCCGGAAGAACUGGCGAUUGCAACACACUUCUUGAUCUCCGUUCCUACACGGCUGCACCAUGACAACACUGUGGAUACACAACAUCUCAGAAGUGCCAUUGAUCUUGUUGCACAAUACGCACGACCUGGCUCCACAGUCGUAAUCGAGAGCUCCGUUGCAGUGGGCAUGAGCAGAGACCUGCUGAAGGAGGUCAUGCUUCUGAAGGGUCUCAAGGCAGGCAUGUCGCCUGAGCGCGUUGACCCUGGCCGCACCGAUCCCCCUCUUGAACACAUUCCCAAGAUCAUUUCUGGUCUUGAUGACAUCGUUCCCGGCUCACUAUCCAGCAUCCAAGAACUAUACGAACAAGUAUUCCGAAACCUUGUUCCUGUCUCUUCCCCCGAGGUCGCAGAGAUGACAAAGCUUUACGAGAACUGCCAGCGCAUGGUCUGCAUUGCGCACGCAAACGAAAUGGCCGAUGCGUGCCAUACUCUUGGGAUCAACCCACACGAAGUGUCUGCUGCUGCUGCCUCGAAGCCAUUCGGCUACAUGCCCUACUCUCCUGGGCUUGGUGUUGGCGGACAUUGCAUUCCUGUCAACCCAUACUAUCUUCUCUCCAACUGUGACUUCCCUCUCCUCAAGGCAGCAAGUGAGAAGAUGGCUAAUCGCCCUGCUACAUUGGGUGAUCGUGUGAUGAGAAGAUACCUCAAUCGUCGGAAGGCUUCUUGGACGGGACCUCCAAAGUCAGACCGAACUCGAGUUCUCGUAGUUGGAGUCGGCUUCAAGCGUGGUCAAUCCGUCCUGAGCAACUCUCCUGGCCUUGCUCUCACCCGCCACUUGCUCGACGAGUGGGAGGCAUACGUAGAGUUUGCCGAUCCCCUUGUCAGUGAAGAAGCGGUUCCCUACGUCCCCAGACUGGAUGACCAGAAGGACUGGAACAAAGAAUCUCUUGAGGAGCAGUUCGAUAUUAUCAUCGUCGCUGUGAACCAGGUGGGGCUGGAUAUGGAUGUCCUACGGAAUCUUGAUGGAGUCCACGUCGAGAACUUUACGGCAUCGUGAAGAAAAAGAAUGAAAAUGACUUUGGUUUGAGGCGUUUAGUUUAACGAUUCAUGUAUAUGUCCUGAUUGCUGUCAUCAUUGGAUAGAUAGGUUGGACGGUUUAAAUAUACUGAAAUAAUGAUUUGUUAUAUAGUUUAUCUACUUAGGUCUCCGCUAUUAUAAGAAUGAGC